AAAUGAAUAAAAGAAAAUCCGAAGAAAUGGAAGAAAGUGACGGAACAAUCCACACAGUGUUGGCAAGGUUUAAGUCUGAAAAAGGUGAAAUCCUCCCAGAGACUUUUAAUUUACCAGGAGGAACAACCGCCAAGCAGUUGGAGGGAAUCUGCAAUAGUUUGCUCCAACAAGAAGAGCCGGUUCCAAUUUCAUUUUUUAUAAAUGACGUUGAAGUCGUCGGAAGUCUUCAGGAUAAUUUAAAGGGCAAUGAUUGCGAGCAAGUUAUUGAUAUUGUUUAUCAACCACAAGCUGUUUUUAAAGUGCGCGCUGUUACCCGAUGCACUGGAUCAAUUGAAGGACAUAGAGAAGCAGUAAUAUCCGUGGCAUUUUCUCCAAACGGAGAGAGUUUAGCCAGCGGGUCUGGUGACACCACUGUCAGAUUCUGGGACAUUCACACCCAGACUCCUUUAUACACUUGCGAAGGUCACAAGCACUGGGUGCUAUGCAUAUCAUGGUCCCCUUGCGGCAGCAAGCUUGCCUCAGCUUGUAAAAACGGAGUAAUAAUGCUGUGGGACCCAGAAACUGGAAAACAAAUUGGUAAAACGAUGAAGGGACACAAACAGUGGGUCACAGCCCUGUCUUGGGAACCUUACCACCGUAAUCCGGAUUGCAGGUACCUGGUGAGCUCGUCUAAGGACAGCGAUCUCAGAAUUUGGGACACUAAGCUCGGACAGACGACUCGAGUGUUAGCCGGACACACCAAGAGUGUCACCUGCGUCCGCUGGGGCGGUCGCGGAUUGAUUUACUCCGGGUCGCAGGAUAGGUCUAUUAGAGUCUGGAGAGCUGAAGAUGGAGUUCUUUGCAGAGUUUUGGAUGGGCAUGCUCACUGGGUCAAUACCUUGGCACUAAAUGUCGACUAUGCUCUGAGGACUGGACAUUUUGAGAUAGUUAAAAAUCCUAAUGCCCCUGAGGACCUUCAAGAGCGAGCUCUGAAACGCUAUCAAGCUCUGGCGAGAAUGACAGGCCACCGUCAGUUAGUAAACGACGUUAAAUUUUCCCCGGAUGGCCGGCUAAUUGCAUCAGCCUCGUUUGAUAAAUCGAUAAAAUUGUGGGAAGCAGUAACAGGAAAGUUUAUUAAAAAUUUGCACGGUCACAUUCAGGCUGUUUUUUCAAUCGCUUGGAGUGCUGACUCUCGGCUACUGGUAAGUGGUAGUUCUGAUUCCACGCUCAAGGUCUGGGACGUCAAGGCUCAAUCUUUGGCUCAGGACUUGCCUGGACACGCGGACCAAGUUUAUGCGGUAGAUUGGUCUCCUGACGCUAUGAGAGUUGCCUCUGGAGGCAAAGACAAAGUCCCGCGUGAUUGGUGGUGGGUGCAGAAGAUAUCACGCUGCAACAGCAGCUAUUUCUGCAUCUUCUUUGCAAUCUUCGGUACCAUUAUUGAAGACGCAUUGAGCAGUUCUCGAAGAACCGGAAAUAAUUCGAUGGUAUCACCGAAUCGAUUGCAUGGUAAUUGGACAAACACCAGGAGCUGUGAAGGGCCAUUGAAUCGCAGUGCUGUUGGUAUUCUUUACCAACCGAGAGACCGUGAAAACAGCAACAGUGUCCACGAGUCAACGCGUCACCAUGGACACCAGGCUCACGGGAUCGCCAACAAUGUAACGAAUAACACACAUGUCCGACGAGUCCUACCGAAUGACCCAGCAAUAAAUCGAGGAAUAAUCGAGAUAUCCGAGAUAAGCAGCGCUGAACUGGCUGGGUACCGACUGCGUUGUGGAGUUUGGAUAACAUUUAUCUUAGCGACUGGAUUUGUUUCCAUCGCUAAAUUUUAUUUCAACCACCGGCCGGACAAGGGUUUAGAUGUCCUGAUAUUCUGCGGGCUGUUGGUGGCUCUGAUGAUCUCCGGUUGCUUUUACACGACUCUGUUCCGCCGCAACCGGAACGACCACCACUACCACGUGCCUGAAAUAUCCAUUGCAACAGUGGCUACGGAGGCUGCUAAUGAAGCUAAUCAUCAGCAGCCAGGCGGUGAUAAUAACUCUUUGCCGAUGAACUCGCUGGCGACUCAGCAUCCGGUCGAUCAACACCAGCAACAAUUAAUUUCUUCCUCAAUGCUGUUCCCCUCGACUCCAUCGUUAUCUUCACCUUCGCCUCCACCUUAUCACAUUGCUAUUUUGAUACCUCCGAAUUCGCAAUACGACGAAGCGCCUCCGCCGUCUUAUGAAAAGGCUACAAGA